AUGAUCGUGCUUCUGCUUGUAGGAAUGCUAAUGGCCCCGCAAGGCGUGGCCCACCCUCUGGACACCCCACAUCUUCCAUGGGAGCUGCCUCCAGGACUCUCAGAAAAUAUCAAUAUGACUUUCCUCAACGGGGUGUUUAAAAAUGUGGGAGGAGUGGCCGAAAUUUUUGACUGCCUGGGCUCUCACUUCACCUGGCUGCAGGAUGUCUUCACCAACUUCCCCGCACUGCUCCAGUUCGUGAAUGGUAUGAAGUGUGUGGCUGGUCUCUGCCCCCGGGACUUCGAAGACUACGGCUGUGCCUGCAGGUUUGAGAUGGAAGGGCUGCCUGUGGACGAGUCUGACAGCUGUUGCUUCCAGCAUCGCAGGUGUUACGAGCAGGCUGCUGAGAUCGACUGUCUGCAAGACCCCGCCAAGCUUAGCACAGAUGUCAACUGUGUCAGCAAGAGUAUCACCUGUGAGUCCGGGGACGCUUGUGGGCACCUGCUGUGUUCCUGUGACAAGGCUGCCAUAGAGUGCUUGGCUCAGUCCAGCAUCAACUCUUCCCUGAACCUUCUGGACACGUCCUUCUGUCUGGCUCAGCCUCCAGAGACAACCAGCAGGAAAGAGCUGCUGACACUUCUGCCCAGAGUGGUCCCUGUGGAGCCCACGGACUCCAGCCUGACGGCCCUCUCAGGAGAAGAUGAACACAGGGGGACCGUGGGAUGGCAGCUGCCUCUGGAGACCAAGAUGGGACAGACUGGAGUUAAUGCCUACUCCCUCUCUCUUCUUCUAGGGACAGAACCAGGCCAAGUCCAGGAAGACACAGAAGAUGCAAGGGCCACACCUUCUCCAGGGUCUGCAGAGAUUGUUGCCACAGCUAAAGGUGUAACCAUCGUCCCUGCCGGCAUUAAAUCUCUGGGGUUGGCUGUGUCAUCCGUCAGAAGUGGUCCUGAGGAGACAUCUGGAAAAGCCUGUGACAGGUUCACCUUCCUGCACCUGGGAAGCGGGGGCAACACUUGGGUGAUGCCACAGCUUGGAGAGAUGCUCUUUUGUCUGACAUCCCGGUGCCCGGAGGAAUUUGAAUCUUACGGCUGUUACUGUGGGCAGGAAGGACAAGGCGAGCCAAGGGACGCUCUGGACAGGUGCUGUUUGUCCCAUCACUGCUGCCUGGAGCAGGUGAGAAGGCUGGACUGCCUGCUCGAGAGGCUUCCUCGGCCACCAGUGGUAUGCGUGGAUGGUACCCCCAAGUGUGUAGGGCAGAGCCUGUGUGAGAAGCUGCUUUGUGUCUGUGACCAGACAGCGGCUGAAUGCCUGGCCUCUGCCUUCUACAACCAAAGCCUCAAGUCACCCGGCAGACAGGAGUGCCAGGGCCACCGGCCGUCCUGCGAGGAUGGCAGGAUUUCAGCUUCGUCCCUUGGCUCCAGCUCUGAGGAGAACAGCGUGGAGGCCCCGCCGCCCAGGGAGGGCCUGAGAAGAACCAGAAGAUUCCUGGGGAAGUCACUUGGUCUCCUGGGGACCAGGCCACAGCGUGGCCCCAGAUAG